GCGGGCCGGGUUUGGACGGGCGGGCCGGGUCCGGACGGACGGGCGGGCCGGGUCCGGACGGACGGGCUGGGCGGUCCGGACGGACGGGCGGGCCGCAGCGCAGCAGCCUCCGCUUCCGCCAAACCAAAGUAGCACGAACGGCGCUCUGUCGGUUCAACAGCUCAGCAGAGGUUUCCUGUGUGCGAACAUGAAUGCGGACCUAGAGGAGCAGGAAGACGAACUGCUCGCGCUCCAGAGUAUCUUCGGUUCAGAGGAGUUCAUCCGGAAUGAGUCGAAAGCUGCCGGAGAAAUCCGAGUGUCUGUUGAGCUUCCUGCGGACUUCACGGUUGUUCUGAAGGAGGGUGAAACACUGAGGCAGUACGACAUAUCAUUCCUUCCACCUCUCCUUCUGACCUUCGAGCUUCCUCACCACUACCCGUCCUCGUCUCCUCCCUCCUUCUCCCUCGCCUGCUGCUGGCUGACACACACGCAGCUCUCAGCGCUGACUGCUCGGCUCAUUGAGCUCUACCAGGCCACCGGGGGUGCUGUGGUUCUGUUCUCCUGGGCCCAGUUCCUUAAAGAAGAAACCCUCUCCUUCCUGGGCCUCCAUAAUGUCCUGGAGCUCCCCUCUGAUGAGGAUGUCCAGCGUGACCCUGAAUCCAACACAGGACGUGAAAAGCCUCUUCCUUCAGAGAACAGUUUGAAAAACAUUUCUGAUGAUUCAGUCCCUGUAGGCGAGAAGAAGGCAGAACGAGCCUCUCAGCCCUCAGAGUUCAAGGCUGACUUCAAGAACGAAGGAGCUGCUUCUCUGUCAGACUCCACCUCAGAACUUCAAAAAGCCCAAACACUGUCUGGCCUCAGCCUGUCACAAAUGCUCCUGUCCAGGAUCUUGAUCCACCAAGCCGAGCAGAAGCAGAAGGCGUUUGCCAGCACGCUGUUUGAAUGCGGCGUGUGCUUCAUCACCGCGCCUGGUUCUGAGUGCGUGCAGCUGUCCGAGUGCCACCACAUCUUCUGUCAGGCGUGUCUGGCCGAGUUCUGCAGGGUCCGGAUAACCGAGGGGACCGUCCGGGGCCUCACCUGCCCUCAGGCAGACUGCACCGCCACGCCGACACCUGCACAGGUGAGGAGUCUGGUUGGAGACGAGCUGUUCAGCCGCUAUGAUCGCCUCCUGCUGCAGUCGACUCUGGACCUAAUGUCUGAUGUGGUGUACUGCCCUCGCCGCUCCUGCGGCUCUGCUGUCAUCCUGGAGAAGUCCAGCACCGCAGCUAUGUGCUCCGUGUGCAACUUUGCCUUUUGUGUCACCUGCAGGAAGACGUAUCACGGAGCUGAGGACUGUUACGCACCCAAACAGCAGAAAGAGGAUGAGCUGGAAGAGAUUCUGGACCUGCCAGAGACAAAUGAGGGAAUAAAGGCUCUGAUGGACGACUACACCAGUGGCAGCGCAGAGAGGAAGCGUCUGCUGGAGAAGAGAUACGGCCGCAGCGUGAUGCUGUUCACUAUAGAGGAGAUGUUGUCUAACGAGUGGAUGAAGGGCAACAGCAAGAAUUGUCCUCACUGCUUCUCUAAAAUAGAGAAAAAUGGAGGCUGUGACAUGAUGGUGUGCCGCUGUUGUACACAGAGGUUCUGCUGGGCCUGCCUGUCUAGACUUUCAUCAAGACGUGAACGUGUUGGUGACUGCUCAUCCUGCGCAUUCUGGUAGCCUCCAUCCUUCAGAUGCUCUCACUCACUUUUACUUGUUCUCUCAGUGAGUAAGAGCUUAUUAUGAUCCCAGCGCAACAAAGCUGUUUAAUAGAAAUGUCAUAUGGUCGGAUUCUCCCAUCAGUCAAAAUAAAUCCUUAAGUCGUAUUGUGUUAUGACCAGUAGAGGGCGCUACUUAACCACAAUAACAAAACCUCUAUGUUUUUUAGGUUCCAUCCUUCUUAACGUUCUUAAUCGUUGCACUUUCUAGGCUCUGUCGUUCAACUGUUCGUUUAAUUGUGUCUCCCAUAUAAUCACUCAAUCAGUUUUUGUAAUAUAAUGUAUUUCUUCAUGUGAAGACUUUAUGCAUAUUCCAUAAAAAAUAAGCGGAUAUUGAUGCUUAAAAGCCUUGAAUGUUUCCAGGUCAAUAGAAUGAGCUCAAAAACUUGUAUGAAAUGUGCUGUAAAUCUGUGCUGGUUGAUCUGCUGCUCAGUUGAUGACCUGUCACUGACGUUUAAAGGCUCUUAUGUGAAAAAACCCACAGAUGUUUUACUUUAGACACUUGAGACCUUUUCUACUGUUUGGAAUGAAGCUCUCAAAGUAUGACAUCACCUUCAACUGCAACUAUUAGUAUUGUGGAUAUUUAAAUUCAUGUCAUUUAGAGAGAGAAAUCUACAGCUGCCUCUCAUUACGACAAGAAACCCUGGCUGUCACUCUGUGUUUGUGUAUGUGUUUGUGCACGUGUCCACAAUCAACAACUGCAUGUUAAGACGUUUGAGCAAAGAUUAUAAAUUAUGAUGAGUUUAAAGUGAACGAGUAUCACACAGACCUGUUUCCUGUCGUCAGGUCUGAGGUUCAGGGUGAAUCCUCAGUGGAGGGCGUGGCAGGACGCGCCUGCUCCGCCCACGGCUGUGCUGUGGUCUGACAUUUUUAACUGUGUUGUGCUUGUGACCACAUGAAAACACCUACGGUGAAAUCAGUGACAGGGAUGAAGCCACAGGUGUAACGCGUCAAACACACAGAGAUCAGCGGCUGCGAUGCUGCUUUCAUGCAAAAAUGUGCAUGGAUAUUGAAAAGUAUUAAUGAAUCACAUGCAAGAAAUGGUUAAGGUUAGAAACAGGAGCAAAUUCACAAUAAAUGUACUUUUAUCCCAUGUUUAUUGGACCUAUGUAAACCUGGACGUGAUGAAUAAUUAAAGACAGCUGGACUGAU